AUGAGCUUAAUGUGCUCGAUUGCUUUAAUCAUGAACAUUAAACCAUACGCCCCAAGAAAGGAAGGGACAGACAUGUCUUCAAAUGCAUACGCAAGUUUAUGGUGCGUAAGCAAUAUUAUGCUCACUCGUCAUCAGUUUUUCUCUUUUUAUGACUAUGUUCUUGGUGGCCCGAAAAACGAUCAAGCGUAUCUUUUAACGCACCGUGGGGUUCAAGGUGCACAAAUUUCCUCUGUUGCAGCAACACCAGUCUAUUUGUUGAAUGCUAUUCGGAACCGCCGUUUCGCUCUCAAAGGUCUAGCUCGCUACAACUGGAUUUUGCCUAUCUUGGGUGCAGGCAUUGGUGCGGGCGUUGGCUGGGCUGAAUCUAUACAGAUCAGCGCACCACUUCUGGCUUAUCGCACCUCUGCAGUUCGUGCUGAUACAGAACGCAUGCGCCGCGAUGACUUCCACUUGAUUGGGUCUGUUGUAGGUGCACUUACUCUACCUGCUCUCUUCUUACGUCAUGUUGGCCUCUUCCAUGGCAUUCUUGGUGGCGCAAGUCUUGGUGGUGCUACUGGUGUCCUUACUUUCUACGGAAAACGAUACUCUGAGGAUUCCUUGCCUGACUUGCCAAUCCCGGGUACUGAGCAGAAAGUCGAGCUUAAGUAG